GCACCUCUAAUGAUAAACAAAAACCAUUUUUUUUGUGCUUCUCUCUCUCCCUUUCUCUCUCGAUUAAUAGGGCUAUACACGAGAAUGCAAAACCCAGAGCUUGGGUUUAUGGCGGCUUCCUCGCUCGCAACGCUGGCGAGGCCAAACGGUCUUGUAAGUAGAACAAAUCUUAGUUUUGUGGAUCCUGGAAGGGACUACCUAGGUGCUAGCCUGUGGUGCAAACAAAGAGGAGCUAGAAAAUCCUUGCUAGUGUGCGCGGAUGCCAAGAAGAUCGCGAUUGGCGAGCAAUCUCGACUGGCUCUACAAGCCGGGAUUGACAAACUGGUGGACGCGGUUGGUGUCACACUGGGACCUCGAGGGAGAAACGUUGUUCUCGAUGAGAAGGACAAGGAUAUACCCAAAGUCAUCAACGAUGGAGUAACAAUCGCAAAGAUGAUAGAACUUCUAGACCCAAUGGAAAAUGUUGGAGCUUCACUCAUCAAAGAGGUGACCAUGAAAACGAACGAUUCCGCGGGCGAUGGCACUACCACGGCAGCUGUUGUGGCAAGGGAACUUGUCAAGCUCGGCCUCUUAAGUGUAUCUUCCGGUGCCAAUCCUGUUGCUUUAAAACGAGGAAUCGAUAAGACGGUCUCGAUGUUGGUAGAGGAAUUAACACGAAGAUCGCGGCCAGUCAAAGGCCACAACGAUAUCAAAGCAAUCGCGACGAUCUCUGCUGGUAACGACGAUGCUGUCGGGAAAAUGAUAGCGGACGCUUUGGACAGAAUUGGUCCGGAUGGGAUCCUUUUGAUCGAAUCGUCGUCAACUUUGGAAACUUUUCUCGUGAUCGAGGAGGGAAUGCAGUUUGACAGGGGCUACAUCUCCACAAGCUUUGUAAACAAUCAAUCCAAGUCGACCGUGGAGCUUGAAAACGCGCGCGUCCUGGUGACAAACCAGAGAGUUUCAUCAGCCAAGGACGUAAUUCCAGCUCUGGAGAAAGUCACACACCUGGGCACUCCAUUGCUCGUUAUAGCCGAAGACGUAACAGGAGAAGCACUAUCCAUGCUCGUUGUCAACAAGAUGAGGGGCAUUGCGCAAGUUGCUGCUGUCAAAGCUCCAGGCUAUGGUGAUAGGAAGAAGGCCCUUCUGCAAGACAUUGCAAUCUUCACAGGUGCCGAGUUUCUGGCUGGUGAGCUAGGAUUGCAACUUGAAGACUUGACGAUCGAUCAGCUUGGUGUUGCAAAGAAAGUUACAAUCAAAGAGAAGUCGACGGUCAUUCUGGCUGAUGAUGCUACCAAGGGAGAGAUCAAGGCAAGAGUUGCUGAGAUCAAGAAAGACUUGGAGCUGUCAGACUCCGCAUAUCAUUCCGAGAAGCUAGCAGAGAGAAUCGCAAAGCUCUCUGGUGGAGUGGCUGUUAUCAAGGUUGGAGCUGCGACGGAGGCGGAAGCCGAAGAUCGAAAGCUCCGGCUUGAAGACGCAAAGAACUCCACUUUCGCUGCUGUCAAAGAGGGAAUUGUUCCGGGCGGAGGAGCGGCCAUGGUUCACUUGUCAGCGGCUGUUCCAGGCAUCAAGGAGAGUCUAAGCGAUCCUCAAGAGAAGCUCGGUGCUGAUAUCGUGCAAAAGGCACUUUUAGCUCCGGCAGCUUUGAUUGCCAGCAACGCGGGCGUGGAGGGACAGAUGGUGGUGUCAAAAAUCCUCGAGAGCGAGUGGGAGUUUGGCUACAACGCGAUGACGGAUAAGUUUGAAAACUUGGUUUUGGGCGGAGUGGUGGAUCCGGCAAAGGUGACGAGGUGCGCUCUCCAGAAUGCGGCGUCUGUGGCGGGCAUGGUGUUGACAACCGAGGCCAUCGCCGUGGACAAAGUGAGAAAGCCAAAGCCCAAAGUCCCUCCCGUCCCAGGAGUAACGGACCAGCUAUAAUACUUUGUUCCAAGACAAUUUAGAAUUCGCUCACGAAGCAUAGUUUAUUGUGUUGACUUAAUGUAUACAAUAGCUGGAAAAAUUUGCUGUGGUGAGAUCGCUGGCCUAUUGAUCUUGGCCUUUUGCGGUUGAUCUGCAAUAUAAAUUACAAAUGCAGGCUCCUCGGCUGUA